AUCAGCCUGUCCUGCUUCCAGCUGCUGCAGCCGUGUCCUCGCUGCCUCAGCAUCCAGCAGCCCCCUGCUCUGGCUCAGCAUGGCGACCCCAACCCAGACCCCCACGAACGUUCCCGAGGAGCCCGACCCAUUUUAUUAUGACUAUGCCACCGUGCAGACCGUGGGCAUGACUCUGGCCACCAUCAUGUUCGUGCUGGGCAUCAUCAUCAUCCUCAGCAAGAAGGUGAAGUGCAGGAAGGCGGACUCCAGGUCGGAGAGCCCAACAUGCAAAUCCUGUAAGUCGGAGCUCCCCUCCUCAGCCCCUGGCGGCGGCGGCGUGUAAGAGCAGCCCCGGGAGCCUCCACAGCUGUCCCUGCCUGCGCGCGGGCGCCUGAGGACCGGGUGAAGGCGGUGAGGACCCCAGCCUCACGCCGGGGAGCGCUCCCCCGAAUGAGCCGCCCCACCCACCCCAAGGCUGGAGCCGCUGCACCCCGCUGCCCCUCCCCAGGCCUUGGCAAUGACGAUCCCCCAAAGAGCCCGUCUGCAUCCCAGCCCCAGGGACUCAGGCCUCCAGCUCCUGGGAUCCGGGAGUCCACCCCAGCGCCCCCCAACCCCCGUGUGCCGCCCCCCUGCGCCUCCUCGUCUCCUCCCCGGGGAUCCGCUCCCCGGGGCCCCUCGACGUCCACGUCUCGAGCUUAAUAAAUGUGCACUUGGU